AGAGGGCAGGGCCCUCGUUCGGGUGGUGAAACCAAAGGGAUAAAUUAGAGAGUCGAACGGGCGGCACGGCUUAGUAGGACCGGCUUGUUCCAACCGAGAACGUCGGGGUUUAACAUCGGGGCACUACGACGCCGUCGGUCCUCUGCACCAGUGUGUGUUCAGAUUUUUGCUUGUUCGCUCUCUUCUGAAAGCAGCCAGUUUUGCCUGUAGGAUCAGCAGUCGGGGCGGCUGUUGAUUUGUUUUGGCUCUGAAACAAAACGACGCAUUUUAUUUUUCACCACCACCAAAAUGGGCAAAAAGGCUAAAGCUACGAAAGCAAAGGAUCUGAACAAUUUGAAGCAAGAAUUGGAGAUUGAUGAUCACAAAAUUCCAAUUGCUGAACUCUACAGGCGACACAAUGUUAACCCGGAGACCGGUUUGUCGUCACAACAAGCCAAGGCCAACUUGGAACGCGACGGGCCCAAUUGCCUUACUCCUCCCAAAACUACACCAGAAUGGGUUAAAUUUUGCAAACAACUCUUCGGUGGUUUCUCUAUGCUUUUGUGGGUUGGUGCUAUCCUCUGCUAUGUCGCAUACGCUAUCGAGUUCAGCCAGAAUCCCGACAUCCUCGGAGACAACUUGUACCUCGGUAUUGUCUUGACAACGGUGGUCGUCGUCACUGGCUGCUUCUCUUACUAUCAAGAAAGCAAGAGCUCGAAAAUUAUGGAAUCCUUCAAGAACUUGGUUCCGCAAUCCGCACUCGUCAUUCGCGAUGGCCAGAAACAAACAGUGAAAGCCGAGGAAGUCUGCCGCGGUGAUAUUGUUGAAGUGAAAUUCGGCGAUCGUAUUCCCGCCGAUAUUCGUAUCAUCGAAGCCCGCCAGUUCAAAGUGGACAACUCUUCACUGACGGGCGAAUCCGAGCCUCAAAGCCGUGGGCCUGAAUUCACCCAUGAAAAUCCAUUGGAGACGAAAAAUUUGGCUUUCUUCUCCACCAACGCUGUUGAAGGUACUGCCAAAGCUAUUAUUAUCAGCAUCGGUGAUAAUACAGUGAUGGGCCGUAUCGCUGGAUUGGCUUCCGGCCUGAGCUCUGGACAAACCCCAAUUGCCAAAGAGAUUGAGCAUUUCAUUCACAUCAUUACGGGUGUGGCUGUUUUCUUGGGAGUUUCCUUUUUCAUCAUCGCUCUCGCUUUGGGCUACAACUGGCUGGACGCCGUCAUCUUUUUGAUCGGCAUUAUCGUAGCCAAUGUGCCCGAAGGUCUCCUUGCCACUGUCACCGUCUGCCUCACACUCACUGCUAAACGUAUGGCCAAAAAGAAUUGCCUCGUCAAGAAUUUGGAGGCCGUCGAAACGCUUGGAUCGACAUCGACCAUCUGCUCAGAUAAGACUGGAACCUUGACACAGAACCGAAUGACUGUCGCCCAUAUGUGGUUCGAUGGCCAAAUCAUUGAAGCCGAUACCAGUGAAAACCAGUCUGGUGCCCAAUAUGACAAAACAAGCUCCGGAUGGAAAGCUCUAUGUCGCGUCGCUUGUUUGUGCAGUCGUGCUGAAUUCAAAAUGGGUCAACAAAGCAUGCCUAUUUUGAAACGUGAAGUCAAUGGUGACGCAUCAGAAGCCGCUUUGCUUAAAUGCGUCGAAUUGGCUACCGGUGAUGCCAUGAGCAUUCGCGGACGAAACAAGAAAGUCUGUGAAAUCCCGUUCAAUUCGUCCAACAAAUAUCAAGUGUCCAUCCACGAAAAUGAAGAUAAAAAUGAUGGCCGUUACUUUAUGGCCAUGAAAGGAGCCCCUGAGCGUAUCCUCGAUCUGUGCUCGACCAUUUAUAUCAAUGGACAAGAGAAAGUGUUGGACAAUGAGUUGAAAGAUGCUUUUAACACGGCUUACAUGCAACUGGGAGGUCUUGGCGAACGAGUCCUCGGUUUCUGCGAUUUCCAUUUACCAUUGGAUCAAUUCCCAAAAGGGUUCAAAUUCGAUGCCGAUGAGGUCAACUUCCCAAUCAGUGGAAUGCGAUUCGUUGGACUCAUGUCCAUGAUUGAUCCUCCACGUGCUGCUGUCCCCGAUGCCGUUUCCAAAUGCCGCUCGGCUGGUAUUAAAGUCAUCAUGGUUACUGGUGAUCAUCCCAUCACUGCCAAAGCCAUCGCCCGUUCUGUUGGCAUCAUCUCAGAGGAGAGCGAAACUGUCGAAGACAUUGCCGAACGUUUAAACAUUCCAGUCGAUCGAGUGAACCCGAGAGACGCCAAAGCUGCCGUCAUUCACGGUGGUGACUUGCGUGACUUGACUCCCGCCCAACUCGACGACAUCCUUCGUUAUCACACGGAGAUCGUCUUCGCCCGUACGUCACCUCAACAGAAACUGAUUAUCGUUGAAGGCUGCCAACGUGGAGGAGCCAUCGUAGCCGUAACCGGUGAUGGUGUCAACGAUUCACCUGCCCUGAAAAAAGCCGAUAUCGGUGUUGCCAUGGGUAUCGCCGGCUCUGAUGUGUCCAAACAGGCCGCAGACAUGAUUUUGUUGGACGAUAAUUUUGCCUCAAUUGUUACCGGUGUUGAAGAAGGUCGUCUGAUUUUCGACAAUUUGAAGAAGUCCAUUGCCUACACCCUUACAUCAAACAUUCCUGAAAUUUCGCCCUUCCUUAUGUUUAUCCUUCUCGACAUCCCCCUGCCCCUUGGCACAGUCACCAUCUUGUGUAUCGAUUUGGGUACCGACAUGGUCCCAGCCAUUUCACUUGCCUAUGAAGAAUCCGAAUCCGACAUCAUGAAACGCCGUCCUCGUAAUCCUUUCACAGACAAACUCGUGAACGAAAGAUUGAUUUCAAUGGCUUACGGCCAAAUUGGUAUGAUGCAAGCUUCGGCCGGAUUCUUCACCUAUCUUGUCAUUAUGGCUGAAAACGGAUUCAAGCCCGACUUGCUUUUGGGCAUCCGUAAACGAUGGGAUUCCCGCUCCGUUAACGAUCUCGAAGAUUCAUACGGCCAGGAAUGGACCUACGAUGCCCGUAAACAACUCGAGUACACCUGCCACACUGCCUUCUUCGUGUCGAUCGUCAUUGUCCAAUGGGCCGAUUUGCUCAUUUGCAAAACCAGACGCAACUCACUCUUCCAGCAAGGCAUGCGUAAUCACGUUCUUACUUUCGGUCUGUUUUUCGAGACCGCUGUCGCUUGCUUCCUCUGCUACACGCCCGGCAUGGACAAGGGUCUUCGCAUGUACCCGCUCAAGAUCAACUGGUGGGGACCGGCUCUUCCGUUCUCUCUCCUCAUUUUUGUGUACGACGAAACUCGCAAGUUAAUUCUUCGUAGCAAUCCAGGUGGCUGGAUUGAAAGAGAGACCUACUAUUAGAGAUCAAAUAACAUACAUAAGUCUAAAUGCACAGUGCCUAUAUUUAAUAUGGUCUCAAGUCCAGUAUAGGAACGAGCAAAAAUACAUUAGUUCAAUCGUU